CACUGAGCAGCUGCCCCCCGCUCUGGAGCUCUGGACCCGGCUCUGUAGUGAGCGGAGCUCCGGAGAGCGGCAUGGGAGAGGCCGAGCUGACGCUGAACCAGGCCGAGGAGAAGCCCCCGGAGCCAGGCUUGGUUCCCGCAGAGGAGCCGGUGAUCUGGAGCCACGAAGUGGAAGUGUGUCUUUUCCACGCAAUGAUCGGACACAAGCCCGUGGGAGUGAACCGUCACUUCCACAUGAUGUGCAUCAGGGACAAGUUCAGUCAGAACAUCGGACGCCAAGUUUCCUCCGACCUCAUCUGGGAACACCUCGGCACGAUGUACGACAUGCAGGCCCUGCAUGAGUCUGAGAUUCUGCCAUUUCCAAACUCAGAGAAGAGCUUCUCAUUACCUGAUGACAUUGUCCAGGAUGUCAGAGAGGGUCGCAAUGAGGAGGAACUGGAGGAGCUAAAAGUGGAGCCACCAGCAAUUGCAGAGGAAGGCAGUAACUCGUCAGUGAAGUCUGAUCGAUCGAAGGAUAGAGACAAACCCACAGAAUCCAACUCCAAAGAUGACAAGAAGAAGAGAGUUACACCGACCCCUGGCCCCCCAGUGGCUAAAGGUGGGACCCCCACACCCCCUGCAGCUAAAGGUGGGACCCCCACACCUCCAGCAGCAAAAGGUGGAACCCCUACACCCCCUGCCACUAAAGGCAGCACACCUACACCCUCAGCAGCUAAAGGAGCAGCUCCUGGAUCUACCUCUACAAAGACAGGGAACACUGGAGCGUCUUCAGGUAAAGGGGGGUCGUCAGGACCUACACCGGCCAAAAGGAGGCGCUAGAUUCACCAGGAUGAAAAAACAGACUUGAACCUCAGAUAUUAUGGGACAAGUGUUUAGAAAAAUCUAUUUGUUCCAUCUGUAAGUAACAAUGAUUUUUCUUAAUCCAGUAUGUGCAUUUUUAAGCACAAAUUGAACUUUAUAUUAUUUACCAGCAAUCUCAUAAAACAAUGUGAGCUAGGGCUAGACUGUUUUGCUUGUUCAUUUUUUACUGCAGGAGUGGCUUGUCUUUUGAUUCAAAUCUUUGCUCUAACUUGAGAAAAUUUUAGGUUUAUACUUAGGUUAAUACUAUUUAUUAUACAUUUUUCCUUUAGUAAUUGAUUGUCACAAGCCUACUAAUAAUUUUAGUUUGUACAUGUUUUUUGUAUUUGUGGAUCUGAUUUUUAAUA